CGCCAUGGGGACCGAUUGUGGCGGCGCAAAGUAACUGUCCUGCGUCGUUUGCUCUUCGUCGGGGGCUGCCCCGGCGCAGCGACUCCGCUCCCUCCGGUUUCUCGUGUCUUAACACGACGAGGAGCUGUGUUCGAUUCCCGAAAAGGUGUAAAGAGGACUCCCAGGGGAGGUCUCGUAGCCUCCGGUUGAAAGGGGCUUGUGUAACACAGCAAAUCCAUCUGGAGGAAGAAGCUUGCCUCUUUCGUAACAUGAAUAUAAGCUGGUUCUGCUGCCUGUAAUGCAGAAGCUGAGAUCCCAGAAUCUUAGGGAAGAAAAAUGCUCCAGACUAGCAAUUACAGCCUGGUGCUGUCUUUGCAAUUCCUCCUCCUGUCCUAUGAUCUCUUUGUCAACUCCUUCUCAGAAUUGCUUCGCAUGGCUCCUGUCAUCCAGCUUGUUCUAUUCAUCAUUCAAGAUAUUACCAUCCUCUUCAAUGUCAUCAUCAUCUUUCUCAUGUUCUUCAACACCUUUGUUUUUCAAGCCGGCCUGGUUAAUCUUUUGUUUCACAAAUUUAAAGGAACUAUUAUCCUGUCAGCAGCAUACCUUGCUUUGAGUAUAUCUUUUCACAUAUGGGUCAUGAACUGCCGCUGGGAAAAUUCAAACAUCUUUGUAUGGACUAAUGGGAUGCAGGCUUUAUUUGUUUUCCAGAGAUUAGUGGGUGUAUUAUAUUACUAUUUCUACAAAAGAACAGCUAUUCAUCUGGGAGACCCACGUUUCUAUCAAGACUCAGUAUGGUUACGGAAAGAGUUUGCUCAUGUCCGCAGUUGAGAGCUACUUCUGAAUUAUAUGGAGCUGCUGGACUGUUAAAGAGACCUCAAUCAAUAUCCUGGAGCAAGUUUUCUUCUCAUUUUUUUAUAGUCUGGAUAUUAACUUUAUAUGAUGAUUUAAUCCACAAUACUAUUCUUCUGUGGAGUCUCUAUCACUACACAAUUAUCAGGCUUCCCAUUUAUCCUCUCAGGUCUGCAUACUGCACUUUCAGAAGUUGGUUACAGUUUUUUGAGGAAUAUAUGAAGUGCCAAAUUGGUUUGGCUGAGAACUUUCAAGUAGCAGCAGUACUGCAGUUUAUUUUUGUAAAUGUUCCCUUAAUCUGUUUGCUGCCUCUGAUUAAAAGGUUCCCUUGUCUUUAUUAUGAGCAAUGUGAUUAGUUCCAAACCUUCACAGUAGGCAAAUGUAUUCUCAUUUACUUUUUUCUUUUGUACUUAUUUUAUAAGCUAUCAGAAAAUAAA